AACGAUUUCUAACUUGAACGGCGACUGAUAAUGGCUUUCUGUUUUCAAGGAAUGUUUUAGUUUCGCUUUUGCGUUUUCAGAAAUUCUCUUGAUAUAAACGUCUAGAAUACAUCACAAGUAUAUCCGUCUGCAUAUCUACAUAGUCCUCAACAAUUUCAUACCUGGUACUUAACACUGUAUUUGUGUUAAUAAGCAUUUAGUGAACAGGUAAAUAACAACACGUUAUACUCUUACCGUGUCGGACACUGGACGUUUUGCACACGUCACGUUACAUAGUUUAGUCCUGUGAUUCUAAAUCGUGAGUCACCAACGGAAACAGAGCGCUCACAGAGCCGAGUUUACGGAGACAUUAAAACCAUAACACGUUGAAAACGUAGUAACAUGCUGUGCCGAAAUUGUUCCACUGAAAAAUUGUCAACGGAGUUUCCACCCUGUGAUGUAACAGACAACUGUGAUCACCCAAAUUUAAUAUGUAUGCAGUGUGUGGUCGAAUACGUCAAAAAGGAGAAGAGCUGUCCUUUUACCGGGUGCCAAGAAUCAGUGGAUCCAGACGGCCACACCAUGAAACUGCUGGAAGCCAAUCUGGACGCAAUGUUCACUGUGUACGAAAGUUCAUACACACCGUCAGUAGUGACCCAGGGGUCAGAACUUAUCCACGUGACUGUCCUCACAGGAGAAUCUGUCUCGGUACCCUACUACUCCACCAUGACAGUCCUUCAGCUGAAGGAAAACAUUAAACUUAGAUUGAAACACGACGUCAACAAGCAGAAACUCAUUUACAACAACACCGAAUUAUCAGACAGAACGAACAGUGGAAGCAUUGCCACCCUCUCAGACUUCGAUGUACCACCUAAUGCCACUGUCUAUCUCAUGGUUCUACUCUAUUCGAUUCCUGAGGCCUUCGAUCACGUGGUCUUUGAUCUGCACUGGGGAUACCCUGUGACAGGUGCAGAUUUUCUGGACGCGUCUUGCUUGGUAUACCAGGGAACAGCACUCAAGUCAGUAUGCGACUAUCGUGGAUAUCGGAAGAGCGGGUCUCAACAAAGUAUCAAACCUUUCCCUUUGUCAGGGUUAAAGCACUCUGGUGAUAUUAUGAAUAAAAUUAAAAGGAUUGGCCAUCACACCAUCAAUGUUCAUCUGAAAAACAUACCGACUGAGGUCACCAAAAUGUUUUUCACAUUGAGUGCAUGGAAUUCUCCCAACAUUGCCAGAUACCCAAAUCCGAGUUUGAAAUUCUAUCAGGCUAAUAAUCCUACUGUUGAUCUUUGCAAAACAACCUUUCAACAUGCAAGGACUUCGCAGGCUGUUAUCAUGUGUUCGUUGUCACGAAAUACUGAUGGAACAUGGCAAAUCUACGAGUCUGGUAAAUUGUCUUCUGGCAAUGCCAAGAAUUAUGGUCCACUGAGCUCGACCAUUGUCGGCCUGAUCAGAAGUGGAUAUUGACGUUUGUGAUAUUAGAGUGACGUAUAAUAAAACAGAACCAAUACUUUGUAACUUUUUUUAUCGACAUUACUAGAUGACAGAAUGAGUGUAUACUUAAUGUAACUUGUAAUAUUAUAAAAUCAGAAUAAACUGGUAAGUGAGCUAACCAUCACUGUUGUAUUAAUACUUCUCUAUAUUCAGGCUGAGUGAACAUUGCGAUUAGUAAUUUAAAACAAGUAUUGUUCAAGUUUGUUUAUGUUUGUGUGUAAUACAUACUUAUUGAGUUCUGAACUGCUAAGGCUGAUUAAUUUAGUGGACUGUUGCAGAAAGGCAAUAUAAUCAGAGCUCUAUAGAAGAUAGGCAUAGAGGUAUCAAUAUGCACGUAUAUCUAUAAAUAAACCAGGAGGAGACAAAUUGAUAUAAGUACUUAUGUUCUUGUUUUCGAAACCUCUUUGUUGAUUUUUGUAUUAUUUUGUCACGUCCAUAUAUUGAAUAAAAUACUGUUUAAACUAAACCAGAUUUAAAAGUGUAUAUCAAUGGAAAGGUCUAUAUCUUAUUCAUGUUUCAAAUCUUCAUUUUUGUUAAAUUGUAUCCUUGAAUAAAGUGUAUUUGUUAAAAGUGUUCCCUACUGCCAUCUUGAGAAUUUAUUCAAUAUUCAAGGCAUACAUGUAUCAAAAAUACGGCUUAGAUUAUAAUAACGGGAAAUUACUGACAAUGUGGUAACAUUAAUAUUGAAAUGUUCGCGCUAUGUCAUUGUAAACAAUUCAUUGGUACUGCAUACAAUUUCGGUUUGUUUAACAGCUGUGACAUUUCCGACAAAUGUGAAGUACUGCUUAUACAAAACGACAUCAUUUUAAGUCAACAAAUUUCAAAACUGACCGAAAAAUACAUAUUUUGUAUUUGCAAAAAUGUGGUUCCCUGAUUGGAAAGUGCUCAAAAAUGGGACACAUAUGGAAAACAAGUACAUGAAGGAUCGUUGUUCCUGCUUCAUUAGAAAUGGUCAACUGGAUAACACGUCAGACUUUUGUGAAGGAAUUACAGAAAUAAAUAUGGAAUGUUUCUUUGUGUUUCAAUGUUUAAAACUUCUGCUAUGUCAGUCACCAAUAAGGAUCUCGUACGUAUAAACAAGCCAGUACAUUAGUACAUCUAUCAUAAAUGUAAGGUAACAUUUUGAAUCUUACACGUUAGAACCUAUAUAUAACACAAACAAUGACCAUUAUAUAUACACCAAGUACAAUACAGGUAAGUAAUGCAUAUGUUUAAGUUUUGUUUCCUGGAAAUAUUUCGGUUAGAAAUAAUAUUUGAGGUAUGCUGUUCCCUGAACGCAUAUCGGUACACUAGGUAUAUCUCGUAUGUGGUGGCAUAGGCGAAUAGGCGAGCGACAAUAGAUAUGCUUAUCCUCCAUUAUCUCUACAGAAAUGCUAUAACUAGCUAUGCCCAACUAUUUUUUUUUAAACAGAAAGUAAUUUAUUUCUUGUCAUUUUCUUAGAGACUACCAUAACCUGAUUACAAAACAGCAAUCAGAACCAUGUUAUCUUCAAAAUUGGAUUUUUAAGAAUUUUUUGAAAUUGUGAGAUUUCACAAUUGUUUUUUAGCAUUUUCCUGAAAACGAUCAAAAAAGCGUACAAGGUCAAUAACAUGGUAUUUAUGGGAGAAUUUGUUUUCUCUUUUUUUUUACCACAAUUUCAGAACCAAUCUAUUCUAUUGUAAAAUGAAAGAUGUUCAUGCUAAAUAUCACCCCUCACUCCGGAGAUGAUGCUAAAAUGUUACUUCACAAAGAGUUACCUCCCCUUACAAAACACAAUGAAUGACAUUAAUAAUCUCACAAUCUUCCAUGACUGUAAGAGGUGUGCAGUAUCCUGCUCUGCUUCUCAACAAGGACACAUUGGAGAUGAAACAACAUUCAUGACGUUGUAUAGAUGUUGAUUGAGUCUGUUGUGUCCUGUCGGAAGAUGGUAGUUUGGUCAGAUCUUGUUGGUGGUAACUGUAUUGUUGCUGAUGGGUGUUGAACAGAGAUUUGAUGAUAGUCUUCAUCUCUGUGUAGCAGACUGGGUUUUCUUCCUGUUAUUGUUCAGCACCAUUCUUUGCUAAUUUAUCGGCUUGUUCAUUACCCCAAACUCCACAGUGAGAAGGAAUCCACUGUAGAACUGUUGUCAGACUUUUGAUGGUGUAUAAAGCUUGUUCAAAUUGAGGUUAAGCUUGUCGUUUGUCAAAUCAAUUGUAGCACAGAGAGGGUAUCAGUCAGGAAUACUACUUGAGUUGUGUUAUCAAUUUUGUUUUUGAUGGAGUGUGCAGCAUGAAUAAGGUCUUCUUCUUCAACUUAGUAGUUUGAACAAUGUAGGCCUGUUGGUAUUGCUUCUGAUUGUUGAUCUCUGUUGGGGUACUUAAUACAUGUAUAUACCAGCCCCUCCUUUAAUUGUGGCAUUUGCUUACCCAAGAGUCUGAAGGGUACUUGUCUUCAAGCAUACUCACUGUAAUUACACAUGAUCUGAUAUGUUUUAGUCAGAUAAAUCAUUAAAAUAAUAUUUAAAAACAAAAAUUUGUAUUUGUACAUGGUGUAUGAUCUGACAAGUUUUACUUAUAUAA